AGCCAUUUGGGCUCAAGACGGCUUUCAGGUUUUGCUCUGCGUGGCUCGCGCUUCUCUGCCCAGCCAUCACACGCGGCUGUUAUUUAUUUCGUUGCGAAACUGCAGUUUGGUGUGCUUGCAGAAUGGAUGAAGCAAAUGGGAUUCUUUCGUUUGUCGCUGGUCGGGCCUUGCGGCUGCUGGCCAAGUAUUCGGGCAAGCACUUCAAUGGGCUCCAGAUGGCUGCGCAUGCCAAUCGCCGGGUCCUAUCAUCGGGAAUGCGCCGGCGGCUUCAACAAGUUGGCAUUGCAUAUCAAGUGGUACGUCAUCAUACGGAGCAGUGGGAAGAUGGUUUUUUCGAGGCCCUUGAGCAGGAGUUGGUAGGAGCAUUCCCCGGGCGGCGCAGCUCGAAGCCUGUAUGCGCACCGAGGUUCUCUCGCAACGUGACGCAGCGGAGUGGCCUUGUCGGGACGGCGCUCAACAGAGAUGCUGCUCCUUUCGCCAUGCCGCAGGUGGAACCGUUGGCGGCCGUGCCUGUCAUCCUCGAGCAGGCGAAGUUCCUGUAUGACUCGCAGCUGAUAGCAUAUCAGGGGUUGGUGGAGUCGCAAAACUCGUCUAUUGCAGCACUCCAAGGCAUCAUUGAUUCUUAUUCCCAUGCGCGUAAGGCCUCUGAGACGGACUCUGGCGAGCCUUCGGCGGACAUUGUGAGCGAGACGUCCUCUGGAUCGGCGGCCGCUUCAUGUUGCCCCUCGCCCAGGGCCAUGGUAGACUCAGGGCACCCUGAGAUUGUAGCCAUUGCGGCCAAGCUCGAUGCUGUUCCCAACCUCAUUGACAGAAGGAUCCACAGUGCUUUGACGGAGAUUGUCCCCUCGGUGACCAAGUCGCUCAGCGGCUCGAUGGGCGAUGUUGUUUCAAAUAUUUUGGGGGCCACUCUGCCUGGGGCCAUCGAGGCCGCAAUCGUGCCCAGGAUGGAUCAGAUGUUUGAUGCAGUAGCUUCGCGUGUUUCCGAGUACUCGGCCCGCGCUGCGUCAUCUGCUGGUACGCCUCAACGGGGCGGCGAUGGUGCAGAGCUGGAGGGCGUCGAGCAGAUGGUGAAGGAUGUGGUGGCAUCGCAGCUUGAAGUGCUCAAAACGCAGUUCCUUGAGCUCACCGCGCGCGUGGAGGCCUUGGGCGCUACCCGUGAGGUGGAGAAGCGGCCCCCUGCUACUGGCCUUGCCUGCUCGGCGGAUCGGGCCCGGUCUCCCGUGCUUCCGAUGUGCCGGUACGGUCGACAGUGCAAGAGGAGCGAUUGCAUCUUCCGCCAUCCUGAGGGACAGGCCACUGCCGCAAGCGCACGGGUUCAUGGCGGUAGGCCUGCGACGUCGCCUGGCCGCCCUCAUCAGAUCACGCUAAACGCGCGCCCCAUAGAUUACGGCAGGUUCGAUGACAUUGUCGACGCCGCCGAGGCGGAGGAGGUUCAGGACUUCAUUCUGGCUGGGCUAUUCGGCGAUCCGAUGGAGACGGAAUUGCCGCCAGAGCCCGACGUUGAUUGAUGUGGUCGCGACGUCCUGUUUGUCUCGCUCUGCCAGUUAUACUACGCACGUCGCGUCCCUCUUCCGCGACGGCUUCAUAGAUCCAGCUUGUUGAUCAAAUUCUUUCUCAGCACUUUCUUCCCCAUCCUGUACUCCUUAUUCGUUGAGGUUAUUAUUUAAGGGGCUGUCGCCCUCGCUCAUUCGCCACUUGGUGGCGGGCGGAAGAUCUCCUGUGUAAUCGUACUCGCCUUUCGGCUACGCUCCACCUCCUCCUCCUCCUCCUCCUCCAUAAUCAAUGUAAACCCAAGACCCAUCAACGAUCUUCAAAAUCCUUUUGAAAAAUUACUCACUGCUUGGAGCUCCCCAUGUGUGCAGCUCCUGCUUUAUGUCAUGCCAUAGUCAGUCAGGACUCCGUCUUGACAGGCUGCAAAGAGCACAGGCCGCCUGGAUCGACCAUCAUCAGACCCGAUUGCCGCCUCGGGGUCUCUCCCCAGGCAAGCCACAGGGGGUGCUCAGAUGCGCACCGACAGCACGCCAGCGCUGACCUCUCCAUGUUCUGAGUGCGUUGCGUGAGCUGCUGGCAACUUUCCCGUAGCUCAAGCACUGGGCCGCCACGGAGGGGGGCCCAAGGUGGCGCCUUCUCUGUCGCGGGCGCCACAUCACGCAUGCCAGAGCGUAUGUAAAGCCGGCGCCUCUCUGCUCACAGGCGCGCAGAAGGGGCGAGUCUCGCCCUUCUCACCACAACCUGUUUUUGUUUUCAAGUCGUGCCGCGCCAGGGGGGAGGGUAAUCUCAGGCCCGGCGGGACCUUGCAUUCCGUUGGCCUGAGCAGAUGAUGUUCGAACCAGUGCGCACUCCUCCCCUCCUUCCCCC